CUUGAUAUUUUCCUUAUUUUUUCACCACACUCUACCCAGAAAGGGAGUGCACGAUAUUCAGUAAUCACCCACUCUCACUCAUUCGUAAAGUUUUUUCUGGAUUCUACUCAUUUGUAUUUGUAUAGUUUACUACCAACUGCAAAUAAAAAAAAGAAAAAGAUGACGACCUUUCUUCCAUUCGAAACUGUUACCUUCGCUGCAAUACCAGCAAUAGUACGUUGCCUCUCCCCGCUCACGCCAACAACACUUCGUAAUACCAAACAAACAUUCCCUUCAAUUUCUCUUUCUCUCUCAAAAAAUGUCUCCUCGCGGUGGCUCCAAGCAGCAACCAGAUUCACGCCGUCAAGCGCCACCGUCCGCGGCGGCGGCGGUGCCUUCUCCUCCCGGAAGAGGACGCGGCCGUGGACGCGGAGAAUCCUCCGUUCCCGCGCCUUCUCUGGUGAAUGCACCAUCUGCUCCUCCUCCGGCUUCCACCAUCGGCGUUCCGUCCGGCGCCGCGCCUUUUCGUGCUGCGUUGCCACCUCCGGCGGUGGAAUCUCUCACUUCCGCGGUCGAAAAGCAACUUACAAUGCAACCUUCGGCGCCGUCGUCGUCGAAGGCGGUGAGGUUCAAGGAACGGCCAGGGUUCGGUCUUGCUGGGGAGAAAAUCAAAGUUCGAGCGAAUCAUUUUCAAGUCCAAGUCGCCGAACAAGAUCUAUUUCAUUAUGACGUCUCUAUCAAUCCGGAGAUUACUUCGAAGAAGGUUUCUAGAGAUGUUAUGACUUUGCUUGUGCAAGCGCAUCGUGAAAAGAUUCUCGGAAAUCGCAUACCAGCCUACGAUGGGGGAAAGAGUCUUUUCACCGCUGGAUCCUUGCCCUUCGAAUCUAAGGAUUUUGUGAUCGUGCUAAAAGACGACGAUGAACCAGGCUCGUCGUCUUCUUCCUCUCCUACUAGGAAAAAACGUGAACGCGAGUAUAGAGUCACCAUCAGGCUUGCUUCCAGAACUGACAUUCACCACCUCAGUCAGUUUCUCAGGCGCCGUCAGUUGGAUUGUCCUUAUGAGACUAUCCAGGCUCUUGAUGUUGUUCUGCGUGCUACACCGUCUGAAAGGUUCGUUGUUGUGGGAAGAUCGUUCUUCUCACCUUCUUUGGGGAAACCUGGAUCGCUUGGUAGCGGAACGGAGUACUGGAGGGGCUAUUACCAGAGCCUUCGCCCAACUCAGAUGGGCCUGUCUCUUAACAUUAAUGUGUCGGCGAGGGCUUUUUAUGAGCCUAUUCCUGUGAUUGAUUUCAUUGAAAGUCAUUUUAGGGCCAAUCCUUCCAGGCCUUUGCCUGAUCAGGAUCGAAUCAAGCUUAAGAGAGUACUGAGAGGAGUGAAGGUAGAAGUGACUCAUGGAAAGAAUCUUAGACGUUACAAGAUCACUGGAGUCACAAAAGAACAACUCAGAAAGUUAAUGUUUACUCUUGAUGACAAUAGAACAAAAAGCUCAGUUGUUCAAUAUUUUCAUGAGAAAUACAAUAUUGUGUUGAAGCAUACGCUUCUUCCUGCUCUUCAAGCUGGUAGUGACAUUAAACCAAUUUUUCUGCCUAUGGAGCUUUGUCAAAUUGUGGCUGGACAAAGAUAUACAAAGAGAUUGAAUGAGGAGCAAGUAACUAAUCUUUUAAGGGCAUCUUGUCAGCGUCCUCGUGAUAGAGAAAACUCUAUCAGACAGGUGGUGAGGCAAAGUAAUUUCAGCACAGACAAAUUUGUGAGUCACUUUGGAAUUCAAGUGAGGGAGGAUCCAGCAUUGCUUGAUGCUCGAGUUCUUCCUGCACCAAUGCUAAAAUAUCAUGACACAGGUAGAGAAUCAAGUGUUGAACCCAAAAUGGGCCAAUGGAAUAUGAUUGAUAAGAAAAUGUUUAAUGCUGGUGUUGUGGAACAUUGGACUUGCCUCAACUUUUCUGGAAAAAUAAACAGAGAGUUUCCAAGUGCAUUUUGUCAUAAGUUGGCCAGAAUGUGUAGUAACAAGGGCAUGCGUUUUAAUUCAAAGCCUUUACUGCCCAUAACAUCUGCUCAAAGUAGUCAAAUAGAGAGUGCUCUUGUAAAUUUGCAUAAGCAGUCUAUUACAAGACUAGCAAACCAAGGAAGACUCCAAUUGUUGAUCAUAAUUUUGCCAGAUUUCGAGGGGUCCUAUGAAAAAAUAAAGCGUAUUUGUGAAACUGAGCUAGGAAUAGUGUCUCAGUGUUGUCAGCCGAGGCAUGUUUGCCAGAUGAAGCCACAAUAUCUUGAAAAUGUGGCCCUCAAGAUAAAUGUGAAGGUUGGUGGCAGUAACACAGUAUUGAAUGAUGCAAUUGCUAGAAUAAUUCCUCGUGUGUCUGACAGACCUACAUUAAUCUUGGGUGCGGAUGUAACACAUCCACAGCCAGGGGAAGAUUCUAGUCCUUCUAUUGCUGCAGUAGUUGCAUCUAUGGAUUGGCCUUAUGUAACAAGGUACAGAGGAGUUGUUUCUGCUCAGACUCACCGUGAAGAAAUCAUCCAAGAUCUUUAUAAUACAUGUGAAGAUCCUGUGAAGGGGAAGGUGCAUUCGGGAAUUAUCAGGGAGUUACUUCGCGCUUUCCGUUUGUCUACUAAUCAGAAGCCAGAGAGGAUUAUAUUCUACAGGGAUGGAGUAAGUGAGGGCCAAUUCAGCCAGGUUUUGCUGUACGAGAUGGAUGCAAUACGGCGGGCUUGUGCUUCACUACAAGAAGGCUAUUUACCCCGUGUUACUUUUGUGGUGGUCCAAAAACGACACCACACAAGGUUAUUUCCUGUAGAUCAUGGAAGUCAUGAUCAGACAAAUAAAAGUGGAAAUAUAAUGCCAGGGACUGUCGUAGACACACACAUAUGCCACCCUCGGGAGUUUGAUUUUUACCUCAACAGUCAUGCUGGAAUGCAAGGAACUAGUCGACCAACACAUUAUCAUGUGCUGUUCGAUGAAAACAACUUCACUGCUGACGGGUUGCAAAUGUUUACUAAUAAUUUGUGUUAUACGUAUGCAAGGUGUACUCGAUCAGUCUCAAUAGUUCCACCUGUGUAUUAUGCACAUUUGGCUGCCUUCAGGGCUCGCUGUUACAUUGAAGUUGCAACAUCAGAUUCUGGUUCUGCAAGUGGAGGCCGGGCUGCUAACUGUGAGGUUAGAUUGCCUUCGGUUAAGGAAAAUGUGAAAGAUGUGAUGUUUUUCUGUUAAGCCUGUGAGAUGCUUUUGUGAAGAUGGGGGGAUAUUGAUAUGAGGUUAUGUAUGAUUUUGGGCUUUAUAGAGCUACUUUAUAAACAUUUUGCUAUCUUUUUUUUUUUUUUUUAAUUUGUUGCUGCUACAUUCAAAGUUCAGUUAAUAUACAAAGUUCAGUUAGCUUUCGGUUCGAAUA